AUGGGGAAAGUUGGCCUUUCGACUGGCUUCGAAGGCAAGACCUACAUCCUCCAGGGAUUCGGUAAUGUAGGUUUGCACACGAUGCGAUAUCUGCAUCGUGCAGGUGCAAUCUGCCUUGGUGUACAGGAGUACAACUGCUCCAUCCACAACAAGAACGGCAUUCAUCCGAAGGAACUGGAAGACUGGGUCAUUGAGCACGGAACAAUCAAGGGCUUCCCGAAAGCAGAAGCCUUUGAGCCGUUCACCGAUCUCAUGUAUGAGCCAUGUGAUAUCUUCAUUCCGGCCGCAUGCGAGAAGGUGCUCCACAAAGGAAACGCCAACAGAAUUCAAGCUAAG